AUGAGCGAGAGACAGAAAGUCCUCAUGGAGCUGCUGCAGGAGGGGACGCUCUGCGACGCUGUCCUCACCGCUGCAGGAGACGUGCACUUCAAGGUCCGUCUGCUCCUGCUGCCCUCCGAGUACCUGCUGGACACUCUGAGCAAACACAAACUGGUCAGGAACAACCUGCAGUGUCUGGACCUCUUUACCAGUCACAUAAAGAUCAUUCGGGAGUCCAAGUCAGAGAAGCCGCUGACCAGAACCCGUCUUCCUCCUCAGUACCUGCUGGCUGUGGGAGGCAUUGAGGACAGUCUUCCUACAGAUAAGAUUGAGCUGUACAACGUCCGAAACAACAGCUGGGUGACCGUGUACAAGACUCAGAAGGUCCUUCCUGAGUUCUGCAGUGCUCUCUACCUGGGUGGGAAUAUUUACUACAUCGGAGGCUCUGAUGGUGACCACUACUUCAGCAGCAUGAAGAGGUUCAACCUCGCCACCAAAACCUGGCAGGAAGUCGGCCCGAUGCACGUGGCUCGGAGCCAGGCCAGUGUGGCGGCUCUGCGUGGGCGCAUUUACGCCGUGGGAGGCUGCGACGAGUUCCAGACGCAUUCGUCUGCGGAACGAUUCGACCCCGACACCAACCAGUGGACUCUGAUCUCACCCAUGAACGUGGCCAGGGCUGACGCUGGGUCAGCAACGCUGCAUGAGAGGGUGUACGUUUGUGGUGGCUUUGGGACGAAUGAAACUUUAUUCACUGCUGAGUUCUACAACCCGGACACGGACCAGUGGACCCAGAUCACACCCAUGGACAACUAUCGGAUCGGGGCGGGGGUCAUCACCUACAACAACCGGUUGUUUGUUAUUGGUGGCUACAACGGUGACAGGCACACCUCUGGUGUUUCUGUUUAUGACCCUGCAUCCCAAACCUGGCACAGUGUGGCUUCGAUGCUGCACCGCCGCAUCAACUUUGGUGUGGCGGUGUUGGAGGGCCAGCUGUACGUGGCGGGAGGCUUCCACGGAGACAAGAAGCCGUGCUCCAGAGUGGAGCGCUACGAUGGGAAGAAUAACAAGUGGCACAUUGUUGAGAACAUGGAGGCUCCACGAGGCUCCCUCAGCUGCUGUGUGGUGGACAGAAGCUCCCUCACUGCUGCAAAUAAAUAA